GUUUUUGUACCUUACAACUUUUUUUAUCUUAAUAAAUUCAGGCAAUAAUUCCGGUGUUAACUUGUGAUUUUCGAAAUAAUUAAACCUGAAAAUUUAUUUUACAGAAAAUAAAUAUCAACUUAUAAAAAUUGCUAAAAAUUUAAACACAAAUAUGCCAAGAAUUGCUUUACAAAAUAUAAAAUUAGUGACUGAUGCUAAAAGUAUCAUUAAAGAAGUACAGCAUGUCAGUAGUGUUAAUAAGCAUAUCACUAAUUCGAUUAACUGCAUAGACUUUGAGAAGAAUACAAUAUCUUUUGAUAAAAGAUCUGAUCGCAAUACAGUAAACGAUGGUGAGAGUAACAUUAGUAAUCCUGUGAUACGUACUGACUCUGAUAAGAUAGCAUUUAUCAAUAAUUGUGAUAAUAAAGAUAAUAGAGAAAAGACUGGAAAUCUGAACGUAACAUUUUCUUUUGAUAAGGGCAAUAAUUUAGAAAGGGUUGAUGAUAUUAAUGCCACAAAUUCCAUGAAUGGGAACAUUUCUGAUAAUACAUCUUCCUACAACAAUGGUAAUCAUAUCAUGAUGGACAAUGAGAAAAAUUCUAGCAUUGAUUUUAUAGCUAAUGUUGAACCAAAUAGUUGUAAAGUGAGAGAUGUUAACUAUUCCAUGAACGUUAAUGAUAACAUAUGCAAUACAGUAAACGAUGGUGAGAGUAACAUUAGUAAUCCUGUGAUACGUACUGACUCUGAUAAGAUAGCGUUUAUCAAUAAUUGCGAUAAUAAAGAUAAUAGAGAAAAGACUGGAAAUCUGAACGUAACAUUUUCCUUUGAUAAGGGCAAUAAUUUAGAAAGGGUUGAUGAUAUUAAUGCCACAAAUUCCAUGAAUGGAAACACUUCUGAUAAUACAUCUUCCUACAACAAUGGUAAUCAUAUCAUGAUGGACAAUGAGAAAAAUUCUAGCAUUGAUUUUGUAGCUAAUGUUGAACCAAAUAGUUGUGAAGUGAGAGAUGUUAACUAUUCCAUGAACGUUAAUGAUAACAUAUGCAAUGGCAAUGAUCUUAGUAUACUAGAUAAUAUUAUCGAUAUCAACAAUUCUACGAAUAUCAAUUUUGAUGAUGUAUUGUCUUAUGGGAAUGACAAAGGCUGUAAAUUUUUAGACGAUAAUAAUAUCAAUGCUAUAAAUAGUCAUAAUUCUGAUAACAAUGAAUUAUUUGUUAACCUCAAUGGCAGUGGCAAUAAUUCUGAGACAGGUAUUGUUAUCAACGGUGACCUUAUAUUUCCCUUUGACAUUAACUCUAAUAUAUUGGAUGAUGAUAAUGCUACUGCCAAAACUUCUGCGAGUUCCAGUAAUAAUGUUGAUAUGAUCCUUCCUUGUAAUGACACAAAAACUACAGUUGAAACAGAAAUUGUAGAAUGUGAAAGAAAUCAUGUUUCUACAAAUAAUGAUAAAAAUUCUUCAGUGUCCCUGAUAGACAUUUCUUCUAUUGCUGAUAAAUAUGUGAGGUUCUUAAUUCGUGGCAAAUUGGGGCGCACAGUGCCUGUGAUUUUAGACAUGGAAAUAGUUCAGUGCAUUGAACUAAUUUUAAAAUAUCGAAAGGAUGCAAACGUUCCUCAAAAUAAUCCUUACGUAUUUGGAAUACCUAAUUAUAGCAAUAAGCGCAAUUUCAAAUAUUUAAGAGCAUGUGUUCUUAUGCGGAAUUUCUCUAAAAAGUGCGAUGCACAGAUGCCACAUGCAUUAAGAGGUACUGAAUUGCGAAAACACAUUGCUACGACAUGUAUUACGUUGAAUUUAUCUGAAAAUGAAGUAGAUGAUUUGGCAAACUUUAUGGGGCAUCACGAAAAAAUUCACAAACGCCACUAUCGACAGUCUAUACCAGCGGUAGAAAUUAUUAGAAUGACCAAAUUUCUGGAAGCAGCAUUAGGUGAAGAUGCACAACAGUCCAAUGCUAAUGAUCCAGGUAUUUUUACUAUUUGUUUUAUUAUUCUGUAA